GGUAGCGAGAUGUCAAUAUUAACCAAUGAUUAGUGUUUCACUCGAUUUUUUCUGGUGUACCAACGUGCAUCAUGUCGAUCCGCCGCCUGCACACCGAAGCCCGCUAUAGCGAAGUGGUGAUCCACAACAACACAGUGUACCUCUCAGGGCAACUGGCAGACAACUUGGACGGUGACAUCCAUGCUCAGACCUCGGAAACCUUGGCAAGCAUCGAUGCAUUCCUCGCCGAUGCUGGCACGGACAAGGCGGCCCUCCUAUCGGCGACGAUCUACCUCAAGGACAUGGCAGAUUACGCGGCCAUGAACUCUGUGUGGGAUGCAUGGGUCAUUGCUGGCGCCGCGCCGGCUCGCGCCACAGUCCAAGCGCACUUAUACGAUCCCCGCGUACUUGUCGAGAUUUCUGUCGUCGCUGCCGCUCCUGGAAUCACGUCGGCCUAGCUUUGUAAACUUACGCACACAACCAAACCACAAUUUGUUCUGGAUAAGAUCACGAAUUGAAUUUCGGUGCACAAAUAUGUGACGACGUUGGCUAUUUCAGUUAAACAUUGUAACGAUUUACACCGGAUUGUGGGUUAUAGCUCCAA